ACCAAAGCAAAAUACGCUCCCGUCGGCCUCAGCGCGGAGCGGGGCAUGUUUGGGAAGAAGCCCCUUCAGACGUGCUCGCCCUGGAUCUCUGACUCCUUCCGCGACCUUGGCCAUUUGCCGCCACUCCCGGUCCAAAUAGCCGGGAGAGACCCGAAGGAGACUUUCCCCGCCAGAGGGAUGAACCAAGAGGAAGCGACAACUCGGGCGCGGGCGUCUCACUUAGACACGACGGGGUUUCCUCCUUCCGGACUCCACCCGUCUCGCCUCCCCCUCGGGCUUGGCAAGUUGGCAGAAGCCUCCCUCUCCCCCCUGCACUUUUUGCCGGGUGAGGCUUUUCCUGGGCUACGGCUGUUGGGGACAGAAGGGGCGGCAUGGCGAAGAAGGCUCUCCGGCCUUGGUCUGUGGAGUCCCCGGAGGAAGACCUGAAGAAGCAGUUGGGGACAGUCGAGGACGAGAGGGUCCUCGUCUCCCUACACUCGCCCUCACCUCGAUCGGAUUACUCCAUCCGUCCCUUCCUCCUGGGCAUCUUGUUAGACUUGGGGGAGGAAGAUCGGGAGGCAUUCAAGCGCAAACUCAACAGAUUCCCCCUCGAGGAGGGCUUCAGAAAUAUCCCCAAGGAGUUCCUGGACGAAGUAAAGCCUUCCCGUCUCAGAGACAUGCUGCUCCGCUUCUAUGGUGAGGAUUAUGGCCUAGAGGUGACGGCGGAGGUGCUAAGGGCCAUCGGCUGCCAGCCCCAGGCGGACAGGCUCCUCCGUCUCAUCAGGAAAGCAUGGUUUCCAUUGAUCCACCUACGGAAAAUCCUGGGAACCUUAAAGGAAUUGGAUCUGAAGAAGUUCAAGGGCGAACUCCACAAGGUCCCCUACUCAUUGAGCUUCAGCAAUAUCUACAAGGAUAUGCCUGAGGAGUUGCUGGAGACAGCCAAUGUUUGGAAGCUCAGUGAUCUGCUGCUCCACUACCACAAUGAGGAUUAUGCUGUGGAGGUGACGGCCAAGGUACUGAAGGCCAUCGACUGCAAGCCCCAGGCGGACAGGCUCCUUUUUGUCACCAGGAGAGCAUGGUUUCCACGUGUCCUCCUGUGGAACACCCUGGAAAACCUGACGGAUUCUGAUCUGAAGAAGUUCAAAGAUGAACUCCAUAAGUUCCCCAUCUGGGAGGGCUUUAGAAAUAUCUCCAAGGAGUUGCUGGAGAAAGCCAAUGUUUGGGAGCUCAGAGAUCUGCUGAUUGAAUACUACUAUGAGGAUUAUGCCACGGUAACAGCCAAGGUGUUGAAGGCCAUCGACUGCAAGCCCCAAGCGGAUAGGCUCCUCUUUCUCAUCAGAAGAGCACAGUUUCCACAUGUCCACUUGGGGGACAUCCUGACAUUCAUGGAGAAGUCUGAUCUGAAGAAGUUCAAAGCUGAACUCCAUAAGUUCCCAGUCCAGAAGGGCUUCAAAAAUAUCCCAAAGCAGUUGCUGGAGGAAGCAAACGUCUGGCAGCUCAGAGACCUGCUGAUCAGCUACUACAGUGAGGAUUAUGCUCUAGAGGUGACAGCUGAGGUGCUGAAGGCCAUAGACUGCAAGCAAGAUGCAGACGAGUUGCUCUUCUACUUUUGGCAAGGCAUUCUGGAUUUUUUAUUUUCAAUACUGCUACUAAUACAAACAAUGGCAACAGAAUGGUGGUCUCCACAUGGACGCCUGCUGGCCACACUGGAAGAUUUGGGGAAAACUGAUCUGAAGAACUUCAAAGGUAAACUCCAUGAGUUGCCCGUCAAGGAUGGCUUUGUCAAUAUCCCCAAGACAUUGCUGAAGAAGGCAAAUAUUUGGGAGCUCAGAGACCUGCUGAUCAGCUACUACAGUGAAGAUUAUGCUAUGAAGGUGAUGGCUGAGGUGUUGAAGGCCAUCGACUGCAAGCCUCAAGCAGACAUGCUGAUCUUCUUCACCAGGCAAGGAGCAGUGCAACUUUCCUCCAAUUAUGAAAGGCAUGUCUUCGAGCGCCAGCCUGCCCAAUUUGUGUCAUCGAAAAUUACUGAAGGUCUGGAAAAAGUGAUUUCAUCAGGAAGACCUACCAGAGGGUCAUUGGAAGGAAUCACAAUCUCUGGUGAUGAGAUGAUCCACAAGGGAAGAAAAGAAUUAACUGAAAUUCUUCAAGAAGACCUGGAAUUCUUUUUACAUGUGUUACACUCUCACUGUAUCAUCACAAUGAGUGAAUAUAAGGACUUGUUCAGAAUGGAGAAAGGUUCCAAGAUGAAGAUUCAAAAACUGCUGAGUAUGAUCCAGGAAAGGGGGGAGCAAGCUUGUUACCGGCUCCUGGAAUGUGUAGAAAUGAUGUAUCCAGGUUCAAUUCAGAUCCUGCUAUUUGCAAUGCAUGGUUUGGGUCAAAAUCCAGUGCACUCUGGCCACUCAGUGCUGCGAUCAAAAUCCCUGCUAUCUGCAGAGGAGAGGAGGAGCCAGAAGAUUGAGAACCCUGUUGAUUCUGGGGGAAGCGUCAGGUGUAGCCGGUGUCCCAGUGAGGAUCUUCCAGAAAAAAUCAGCCCAGAGGUGGUUUGGGACUCUGAAAGGGGUCAAGAAACCUACAGAUUAUGCCCCACUGAGGCUGGCUCCUUCCUUUGCUCUUAUACUGAUCUCAUAUUUGAGGUGAGUGGAGCUGUGACCAUAACAUACCACUUUGGGUCAUGGUUGAAGCACCUGAGUGGAUGGGAUACCUGGAAGUUCCUGGUUGCUGGCCCUUUGCUCAACAUCCAAGCGGCUCCAGAAGAGGCUGUGUCAGCUGUUCACUUCCCUCACUUCCUGUGCCUCGCAGGUGAAGACAGUUCCCGAGUCCACAUCACACAUUUUGUAGAAGGGAGGAUGAAUCUGGAGAAGCCAGACAGAGUGGGGCCGUACCAUGCCGUAUUAAGAUACCCCAGGUUCUCUCCCCGUGGAGUCAUUUUCAAAAAGCCAUGGUUUAAGCUAAAGAGAAAGGUCCAUGCCGUGGCCCUGCUCUAUCAAGUGCUGCAAAUCUCAACCCCCAAAUUCCACCUGUACCUACUACCCAAUGAUUCAUCUCUAAUAAAGGCUGUCGAGGAGCAUGAAGCGAAAUGUCUUUCACAGAGACUAGAGAAACCCCCUGGGACCCUCAAGCCUCUGACAGUCGGCUCUCGCUUCUUUGUGCAGACGUUAGAUGGUGUCAGAAUCUGUCCCAAGGAACUGAAGUUUCAGCGCCUACAUGCAGACCAACUGCAGCAGUACAUUGAACUGUAUGCUCGGCAUAUGCAAGAUGAGCUGGAGCUCAGCCUGAUGGAGAAGAGCAAGGAUGAGCUAGUCUGGGAGGCCUCUAUAGCACGGGAUGAGUUGAAUUCUUCUCACCCAACACAAGGUGCUAGCGGCUGCAUACAGACCCGAGCACCGUCCAUCAAUACUGCCUCAGGAAAGUACGAAGCAUGUCCACCUUUCUCACCUGAGCUGCAUUUCAUUGACCAGCACCGGGAAGAGCUGAUCCGUCGGACCACCGACGUCGAAGGGGUCCUGGAUUUGCUGCUUGGCACCACCAUAAAUGAGGAACAGUACCAAAAAAUCUCCUCGAAGGGAACGAACCCAGAAAAAAUGAGGGAGCUCUACAGGCUGGUGCCAAGCUGGAAUAACACUGGCAAGGACUGGUUGUAUAAAGCACUGAAGGCCAAGCACAAGUUCCUUGUGGCAGACCUUGAAGAGCGAUGAGGAGACAGAGAGAGAAGUCCAGCUGUGUGUACAGUGUGACUUCACUUCUUCCCUUUGUGCUCACACAUACAUUUGGCACAAAGCAGGCGGUCCAUGAACCUGCGCAAAGCAGCAUUUUCUCCCAGCUGAGCCUCCAUUGUCUCGCCCUCUUCCUCUUUGCCCCCCACCAACCCCCCUUGCAAAUCUAGAGCUUCUUGCUAGGGCCCAGCCUUGGAAUCUGUUUUCUGCACAAAGACUGAGUUGCGGAAUGUAUGAAGGAUACUUUAAAGAAUGCCUCUGAGCAUGUCCAGAGGGCCUUCCACCCCCAAGGAAUCAUGGUGUGUCCACCUCUGCCUGCCACACAUAUAUUCACCAUUACGGCAUAGAACCUCCAGGUCAGUUUUCUUGACUCCCUGGUGGGCUUCAGCCCCAACACCUCUGUUUAAAAACAUAAGCACUGGGAAGAUGGGUUGGAAGAGCCUGUCAUGCUCUGAGAUGGUAAUAUUGACACAACGUGCUAAUUUAUUGCUUGUAUUCCAUGCAAAGUCAAGAAGAAACAAAUGCAGUCUUGAUCAUGAAAACAGGCUGCCAUGGAGUAGAGGUUUAGUGCAGUUUCCCAGCAGACUUUGAGGACUCCUUUGCUCAUUGACAGUUUAAUCCUCUGCAUGUUUACCUGAAAAUAAGGGUCAUUUGAUUCCAUGGGACUCUGCAUUCCAUUGCUAUAAGAUUACAGCUUGACUAUGCUACUCCAAGUUUAGUGAGCAAAACCUCUCUUGCAGAGCAGCCUGUAGGUGACAGAUGAGACCCGUUCCUCCUGCUGUGAAUCUUUCUCCAUCUGGGAGAUGGGAAAUGGGUUUUCUAGACUGAGUUAGACAUGAGGCCAAAGAGAAACAGCCUGUUCUCAGAGUUUAUGAGACACCCACUCAGGGUCACUAAGCGACACCUGCAAGGAUGGUGCCCUGUACAAGGGGGAUAAGUGAGUCUUCGCUUUUCACUUCUUCUGUCUUUGAGACUUCUUGCUGCUGUAUCCCUACACUUCCUUCAGCCUGCCCAUUUGUAAAUAAAUAUUU